AUGUCGGCAGGAACCACUACCCCAUCUGGCUUGGUCCCUCGAUUCCGAGCAAGGGUUACACAAUCACCAGGUUGCAGCAGCCUUGCAAUCUUCAACGAGGCGCAGCACAACCGCUCGUCAUCAGGCCAACCCAUACCCGACCCAGGUACCGAGCCAAUCAAAGCUACAGCCAAACUGAUGAUAAAAGCCAAACUGAUGAUAAAUCCUAACUUGGAGGAAGAAGCCAGGACCAUUGGAACGCCGGCGCAGCCCCAGCCCCUUAGUGAAGACAAAAGUGACCUAGCGAGCAACCCUGAUCACCCACAUGUCAACCAGACCUUGGCAGAUGAGGACACAGACUCAGAGGGGGACCGACCAUCUGACUUACCCCAGAAUGUACCAAACCGCCCAAUCGCAAUCGACAGGGCCCCACAAGGCAACCAGAUGAUUGUGGCCCUUCAAUCAACCCUUGCCCUUUCCGAAGCUGAUCUGCAGCCAAUUCACAACUGGCCGACCCUUAACCAACAACAGAAAACAUUUGCAAUUGCAAUGUACUUACAAUCUAUCAAUCACCAAAUCGACCAACUUGCCGCACAAGCGGGUCCCAAUGCCGGCCCCAUGGGCCACGUUUGGCACCAAGAUUUCCGUGCCUUCAUCCACACACACCUUUGGGAGAAACUUUUGCAAUCUGACCUCAUGAGUUACGGUCGAACCCACACCGUCAAGAAUUGCUCACUCAUCCCAAAAACCCCUCUCAUCCUCGUGAAGGAGGAGAUUGAUGAGAUGGAUGACAAUUGGAAGCGGGCCUAUCUCCCGGCCGGGUACCUUGAUGACCGACAGGAUGACAUCACCCUACUCAACAACCUCAUCAGGGAGCUUCUCAAAUAUGAGAAGAGCACAUUUGCCAAACUUAAGUAA